GAGAGUCCGCUACCAAGUUGGAUCGAUGCCACGUAACACACGCUGUGAAUCGGAAGGUUCUCAUCAGCCCAACUUGACGGGGCCGUCAAAAGAAAUUUAUCGUCCCUAUGGGUCGCUCCCGUCUCGCUGCCUCCGUCCCCUCCACGGCGUGCGCAUCGUAGCUUUGAGGAGAGGAUCGUGUUGGAAAAGCUUGUCUCUUUUUCUCUGCUUUCUUUCUAGUUUUCUUUCUAACGUCGAAGCGGCAGAGGGCGAGAAAGAGAGAUGCAUUCGUUCAUGCACCGGCUGAACAACUUGGUCACCUUCGCCGCUGUCCUACUCGCGGUGCUGUGCGCCGCCGCCUCCUUCCUCGACGCCUUCAAUUCCCCGUCCGUCCAUGCCCAUGCCGAGGUCAUCAAGAUUAAUCGAUUUCGAAAACAGUUGAGUGGAAAUGAUGAGGCAAGCUUGACCUUGAACAUUUCUAUGGACUUGCGAUCACUGUUUACAUGGAACACAAAGCAGGUUUUUAUUUUUCUGGCUGCCGAGUAUGAAACUUCAAAAAAUUCCCUGAAUCAGAUUUCGCUGUGGGAUCAUAUAGUCCCUGAUAAGGACCACGCAGAGUUUCAAGCACAGGUUGCCAACAAAUAUCCUCUCAUCGAUCAGGGAAGCAACCUUCGUGGUAAGAAAUUUGAACUUGUCCUCCACUGGCAUGUUAUGCCCAGGACAGGUAGAAUGAUUCAAGAUAAGAUGGCCGUGUCCAGUUUCUAUCUACCUGAGGCAUAUACAUAGUUUAUAGCAUGUCCCAUAAUCCCAUUGAUAACUGAUUGUCUGUGAUGGUUCAUGGCUACCAUAGUCAAAUCUUAAGUGAACUUCUAUUUAAAUGUAUUUUUUUCCUAAUGCAUUGUUUCUUUCUCAAAAUCAAUUUUGUCGCAUCCCUUGAAUAGAAAUAUUAGUGAUUAUCAAUGGGCUUGCAUAUUACAUCAAAGAUGGGUACUUCAGUUCUUUUUUAAUGCAUCUUAGCAUAUGUUCAUGCCA